CCGCCGCGAGCCAAUAAAGCGUGAACCCGUCCGUCCGGCUCGCACUUUAAGACUUCUCGAGCGGCCGCGGGGACGCCAGUCGAGCCAGAGGACGCUUACCUGCCGCUUCCCCCGCCGCCCGCUGCACCUGGCUACAAGGAACCUCGUUCGGAGGGUGGACGGCGACACUCGGCGGAGUUGGAAACCGCGCGCGCCGUCCGGGCACCGUCUUUUAGCUGAACGUGGGGGCGCCUUUGCGACUCCUUCCCUGAACCGUGCUCUCUCCCGCCUCCAGUCAGCCCCGGAAAGGUGGGACGGGUCCCGGCUGUAGUUAUAGAAGCGGACCGUGCCCAGCGAAUAGGGUUGGAAAAUGCCCCGCGCGUUCCUAGUGAAGAAGCCGUGCGUCUCCACGUGCAAGAGGAACUGGAGCGAGCUCCCCGACGAGGAGCGCGGCGAGAUCUACGUGCCAGUCAGCCUGGGCUUCUGCCCACCCCAGCCCUACCGGGAGCCGGAACCGUCAGUGGCUGAACCCCCUUCCUGCCCCCUGGCUUUGGACAUGAGCCUUCGGGAUGCCAGCUAUAGCAUGGCCCCUGCGCCCUGCGUGGUGGCCCAGCUGCCCUCUGAAGACAUGGGCCGCCUGACAGACCCCCAGAGCAGAGACCAUGGUUUCCUGCGCACCAAGAUAAAGGUGACCCUAGGGGACAGUCCCAGUGGAGAGCUCUUCACCUGUCACAUCUGUCAGAAGACCUUCACCUACCAGCGUAUGCUGAAUCGCCACAUGAAGUGUCAUAAUGAUGUCAAGAGGCACCUCUGCACAUACUGUGGGAAGGGCUUCAAUGACACCUUCGACCUUAAGAGACAUGUCCGGACCCACACGGGUGUGAGGCCCUACAAGUGCAGCCUAUGUGACAAGGCCUUCACUCAGCGCUGCUCCCUGGAGUCUCACCUCAAGAAGAUCCACGGCGUGCAGCAGAAGUAUGCCUACAAGGAGCGGCGUGCCAAGCUGUAUGUGUGUGAGGAGUGCGGCUGCACAUCCGAGAGCCAGGAGGGGCACGUCCUACAUCUGAAGGAGCACCACCCUGACAGCCCACUAUUGCGCAAGACCUCCAAGAAGGUGGCUGUGGCCCUGCAGAACACUGUCACAUCCCUGCUGCAAGGCAGCUCCCACCUGUGAAUGGCACAAGCCUCAGGGAUGCUCCCAGAGGCCCCGAGGGGGUUUGGGAUCACCUCCCUGCUGCCCCAUCAGUCCACUCUCCUGCGGCCUCUUGCCUGAAAACCAGUGAGACGGACUAGAGCUCCCAUGCCUCAGCAUCCCCCUAGGGCACA